AUGAGAUCGCACGUCGUUUUUGUUUUUGGAAUUUUUAUUGGUUCAAAGAGAAUAAAUCGGCUAUUCAGCUACGUGGGAAAGUCAACCCGUGCGAUAUACGAUGCGACGGUGAGAGAUCAGAAACUAAAAGACAGUGGUUAUAAGUUGGGCGCUCAGAACCUAUGUAUAUCCCUCCCGAGUGAUCGUUUAUGCGCAGGUAUAGCGUAUGUUCCUCGCCUGAGACAUUGCACGGGUGAUCGGGGAGGAUGUAGAGACGCCGAAUCGAAUGGCGUCGGUACCGCCUCGAUAGCUGCGCUCGUUCCAAAAGCGCAGCAAUUGGGCGGAAACAGAAAGUCAACGGAAUCGAUGCAAUCGAUGCAUCGUCACCACGGGCGGCUCAUUGCCAACACGGGCGAAUUAUUCCGAGUACAUAUACAUAAACAUAAGGUUAUGUGCGAUUCCACAUCUCAAACCACAAAAAUUCCUCAUCGUGGAUUCAAUAGCAAAGCACGAGAAGUCCUUAUUGGAGACAACAAUGCACGGGUUGCAGGAAUGGCCAACAAAUCCGCCAGCGAAUUCGACUUACUGCGGAAAGUCGUCGGAAUCAAAAAACAGAGUCCAGUUUCACCGAGAUCACCAAAAACGCCGAACUCGUCCACUUCAUGCAAUGAACAGCCCAUAUUUGAUUCCAUUGGUGAGAGGCCAGUUGUGAAACGUCACAAACAACUAGCUCAAAUCGGUAAAACAAGAUCGUGUGGAGAAUUUAAGAUCGGCGAAAGACGUUUGAUAAAAACGUAUCAGGAAGAAAACAUAAUCAAAAUGCCAAGUAUCGACUCGGAACCCGCUAAUCUAGACAUCGAUAGUGAUCGCUUCUCUAUGGACUUUGAAGCGCUUUGUAAGGUCCGCACCUAUGAGGUCUGCGAAAAGCAGAAGAAGAAGGAUGUUGCUGCAUGGCUAAGCAAGCAAUCACCAUAA